AUUCUCUCCUCAUCAAGACUAAUAAGAGAAGAUGGAUCCGAAUAGAGCUACAACAAAUUAUGUUUCCUCUAUUCAUCCAAGUCAUAUUUGUAUCUUGAUUCUCAGUAGCUUCUUGCUGUCGGCAGUGGAAAUCGGUGCGAAACCCAUCAAACCCCUAAACUGUUCGGUUACUGCUAUCAUCGAUGCUAGAAGUCGAGAUAUAUCAAACCUGGAAGAUUGUUACCUGCUUGACAAGAGUAAGAUGCCUAUUGAUGUGACAGACUGUGUGCGGGAGAAUGGAAUGAGUCACCUCUGCCUAUCGUUUGGUACCGGGAGAGGUUUGGCGCCUCAGGGUCUGAUCGCCUGCUUCUCCAGAUAUAAGAGUAUCAUUGACAAAUGUCGAAAUGAUACGUCACCGUUCGUUGGUCAGCUGGUUGAUGUCAAGACCAUGAUGCGAUGUCGCUUUCGUCCUUCUUUAGUCAAGGUUACCACGCCCAAAAAAUUCUCAUUUUUCUUUUAAAAAGUAUUUUAAAAAUCGAAAAGAUCAUUGUUUUCUCUAACAGUAAGCCUUGGCUCGGGCACAUCACCAACAGGUAGCCUUUUUUCACGAGAACCAACACUGUUCAACAGGAGUGAUACCAGUUAACCAAUUAAUAUUUAUUUUUUGUUACAGACUUUACAAAAAACAAGAACAAAUGAACGUCGGAGUACAGUUGUUUAUACAAAAGGGAUGAUAAUCAUAAUUACAGAAACCUUUGUUCAGUUCAAAGAAAACGAAUUCUGAAUUCGAAUGGUAAAACAAAUUUUGAUGUAUAUCCCAGUGUUUCUAGCGUUUGCUCCUUUUUUUCAGUUACAAUCGUGAAAUAUGAUAUUUGAUUCUGUUGUAUCUGAAAUCUCAUGAUUUACGUUAUGAUUUAGAUUAACUCGGUUAUCUGUAUAAGAUUUCUAAAGCGCAGUAUAAAGUAACACGGUGCCGAUGUUCUGCAAUUAGAAUAUAACAAAUAUCAUGGAAAGAAUGUAUAAUUUCUUGGAGCUAACAUACAUAAUAAAAUGCAAACGGAAUAAUUGCUUUGACGGUUUGAUUAUAAUUGAGGUGAGGAAAGAAUGAUAAAUUAUCUGUUUAUACACAGAGCGAAUUAUUUUACUGAGUAUAGAUUUUAAUAUUCACUUUAAGAGAUAUUCUAUUUGUCUUAUUGGUAUCUUUGUUAAAAGAUAAGCAAACAUUGUCACCAUAGAUAUAUAGUUUUUAAUCAGCUAAAAAAAUCAAUCGCAAGUCCCAAAUGCGCGCUGUUGAUUGGUUGAAAAUCAAGUUGCGCGUGAUUUUUAGAGUUGCGUUUGAUUGCAACUCUUUCUGCAACGGGCCCCAGUACAUAUUGAAAUAAUCAAGAAUACAGCUCUAUAAAUGUACCUCUAUCUCGUGAAUUGAAUUUGAAAAAGUGUUAAACGCUUUUUAACGAGAACAUUUGAGUUUUAAAAUACACUAUUCCACCGUUCUACGAGCUAAAAGGUUAUUAUUAAGAAUAGAGCAAAGUUGCAAGAAUAUCAACAGAACAAAGAAAUAGUUUCAAUCACCAUAACAGAUUAGGCACUAGCCUAGUAUUUAAAGGCAAUGCACCAAGUCUUCAAGAUGAUAUUUGACUAAAUUUGGGAAAUUUGCUCAACCAAGAGAAAAGCUCGCUUAUUUUUCUUAUUAUAGACUCAUUUGUAUUGAAUAUGGUAAGUAAACCAGAGCGUUUAUCUCAAAAGUGACAUUGAUAUGGUACCAUUUGAAUUCGAUGUUUUUAUGUGAUAUAUUAU